UAGGAAAUCGACUCGUAUAUUGUAGUGUUGCACAGAAAGAGUUAAAUUUCGUAUAAGUGAUAUAAACGAACGUGCAGACGCAGCUUCCUUCAAAUUAUAACUGGACGGCAUCCACAAGAGAUACGCCCGAUGUUGUUCGAACGAUUUAUUUAACAAUUUAUGGAGGCUCGAGAAUCUGACUCGAACUGGAUUUAUUAAGAGAACUCAUCCAAAAACACAUGUUUUCGUCACCUACGAAAGCAGCCUGGUGGCUGGCUACGUUUUUCAGUGUUUUUGUCACAGGUGAGAUGCCGAUCCAGGCCGAGACGGAGCCGGAGUUCCUGCAGGCUCUAGAAAACCACACUGUGACGCAGGGCCGGGACGUGCACUUCACUUGUGUUGUCAACCACCUAUCUAACUAUAGGGUGGCAUGGAUCAAGUCAGACUCAAAGGCGAUUCUGGCGAUCCACACCAACAUGGUGGCGCUGAACCCGCGGCUGUCCGUCACGUACAACAACCACAAUACGUGGAAGCUGCACGUCAGCAACGUGCAGGCCAACGACUCUGGCACCUACAUGUGCCAGGUCAAUACCGACCCUAUGAAAAGUCAGAUGGGGUACCUAUCAGUGGUGAUACCACCAGACAUCGUGGACACGGUGGCAGAGGGUAGCACUGCGCAAGAAGGCGGCAGCGUCCGCCUGACCUGUAUAGCGACGGGAGAGCCGCCACCAACUGUGCUGUGGCGACGGGAGCACAACAAACCCAUCGUCUUCAGGCAUGAAGGUGGAAGGGAGAGGAAAGUGGUGGACAGCCAUAAGGGCGAGACUUUGGAGCUGCAGCACGUUCAGCGAACAGACAUGGGCGCGUAUUACUGCAUCGCUAGCAACGGGAUCCCGCCCACCGUCAGCCGCCGGUACCACGUCGAGGUGCACUUUAUCCCUCAAGUGAAGGUGACGAAUCAGCUGGUUGGGGCUCCGCUUGGUAGCGACGUCGAACUGCAGUGCUACAUCGAAGCCUCUCCUAAAGCCAUGAACUCCUGGUACCGAGAAGACGGUAAAUCACUUGUCAGCGACAAGAUCCUAGAGAACCCCAAGCUCCGCAUCAACGAGGUGAUUCUGAACGAGUACUCCCGAUGGAUGAACCUCACCAUCAAGUCUCUUGCGCAGGGCGACUAUGGGACUUACGUCUGUGCGUCCGUCAACGCACUGGGAAAGAUGGAGAGUCAAGUCAGCUUACAUAGACUAGAGCUAAGCAUGAACGGCUUCGGCGCUGAAGAGCCGAUGGUCUCCGGCGCGGCGUGGCAGCGCGCGCGCAGCCUACCUUCGGCACGUGCGCGUCCCGCCGCCUCCCACGCGCACCAGUACUCGCUCACCGAUCAACUACCCCCGCAACUGUAUGCGUUAUUGCUAACCGCUAUCCGAUAUUUGAACACGUUCUAAUUUGAAUCUGAAUUCCAAAAUUGGCGACAAAGGUUGAACUACGGACAAAACAAAUUAAAAUUUUCUAAAUAACAUCAGUGGUUAAUGUGUCACAGCUGCCAGUACUCACAGAUCAACUCUCUCCGCAACUAUAUGCGCUACUGCUAACCGCUAUCCGAUAUUUGAACACGUUCUAAUUUUGAAUGUGAAUUCCUUAUUUUAACUUACAGAAACAGAACACAUUUUCUUUAAAGAACAUCAGUGGAUAAUUUUUCAUACCUGCCAGUUUGCGCUACUGCUAAAUACUAUUUACUAUACACACGUUCUAAUUUUAAAUCUUAAUUGCUCAUUUGAACUUACAGAACUCUAAAGAAUAUCAGUGGUUAAUCUCGCAUGGCAAUACUCGCUCACGGAUCUACGACUAUUUAUUAUUAAAACAACUAUCAUAUUAUAAUCGUACAACCUAAAAUUAUCAAAGUUUUUUAAAAUCUGUAUUUAACCCACUCAUGCUAGAACCCGCUCGUGCGUGGAUCAACUUCCCCCGCAAUAACUGUCAAUCAAUAUUUGAAUACGUUUAAAUCAAAAGCCCGAUUUUCCCACAUUGGAUACAAAGUAAACUUCUCUUUUUUUUUAAAGCUGUAGUUAAUCUGCCAUUCCCAAUAUUGUCCGUUUGCCCACGCUGUAUGCACUUACCGGACUUUGACGUCAAAAAUAUUUUUAAUUACUUUCUAUGAAUCUAUGUCAUUGACAAUGUUGCACCAAAGAUGUGUUAAUGUUCUGGCAAUAGCCAAAUGUUACACAGAUUUUGUUAUUAUUUAAACCAGCUCUUAGUUUGAACGCAUUUGUUGUUUCAUCAAACGUCAGACAUCAAAACUGUUUUUGAUGUCUGACGUUUUUGUCUGAUGUUGAUGUUUUGACGCGUAUUUCCAGGACUGUUCCAGGAAAUACGCGUCAAAACGUGCUUUGCUGAAAUCUGUUCUACACCGUUUUGUUCAAAUUGAAAAUUGAAAUACAAUAACGGAUUAUAAUCGUGAAAAUUCUCAGUAAAGUAAACAACAAGUUAAAUGCAAUGUUUUUACAGGUACUGUACUGUGAAUUGUCAAUUUGUAGCGUUACGAAAAUACCGUGUCCAUGAUUUCCAAUAAUGGUCAGUUUUCAAUCAGUUUCAUAAUCAUUUGAAACAAAAACCUAUAGGAAUUUCAACUAUCACUGUAGAUAAUUAUGACGUAUAUUUGAAGGAAUGAAAAUUAUAGGUCUUUCUUCAAACCAUUUUAAAGAUAAAUAAAUUCACUUUCUUGACUUUCCUUAAAAGGAUUUAAAUAAAAAAAAUAUAAUUUAAAAUACUCUCGGUUGUACCGGCGCCGCGGCGCCGUCAACAGAAAAACAAAGGAUUUAUUUAAAAUCGGUUUAGGUUAUCCAUUCAGUUGAAUUUGUAAUACGUUUUAUAUGAA